AUGUCUGAGGCGGCUCCGGCGGCCGCAGCUGACACGGCCCUGGUCUCUAUGGAGAACUCUCCCGCCAAGAAGAGAGGGAAGAAGCCGGUGGGCCUGCCAGGCGCUAGUCGCAAGGCCCCGAGCCUGCCCGUGUCCAAGCUGAUCACGGAGGCUCUCUCCGUGUCCCAGGAGCGGGCAGGCAUGUCCCUGGCCGCGCUCAAGAAGGCGCUCGCGGCCACCGGCUACGACGUGGAGAAGAACAACAGCCGCAUCAAGCUGGGCCUCAGGAGCCUGGUGAGCAAGGGCACCCUGGUGCAGACCAAGGGCACCGGCGCCUCGGGCUCCUUCAAGAUCAACAAGAAGGCCCUUCCUGAGCCCGCCAAGAGCAAGCUCAAGAGGCCAUUUUCUGCUAAGGCGAAGAAGCUGGUCUUAUCCAGAGACUCGAAGUCCCCGAAAGGUGCCAAGACCAGCAAGAAAGCCAAGAAGCCCAGGGUGAUGGUAGCGCAGAAAGCGGCCAGGAGCGGCAGGAAGGCGACGGGAGCCAAGGGCAAGCAAGCACGGAAGAGCCCGGGGAAGGCCCGAGCAGGGAAGCCCAAGCUGAGCCAGCAGAAAACGAACCCAAGGAAAGUGGCGUCCAAGAAGUAA